AUGAAUUGCAGCUUGCCGUCCUUGGUGAUGUUGGCAAUCACCUCCACAGAGCUGCCCUUGCCAACUCCUCUGAGUGCCAUUUCUGCCAAAAGUUGGCCCGGCACUCAGGAACUCGCCGUCGCCGGUCUUGAUACCAAUAGGCUUGGCAAUGUGUUGUGUGUUGGUCACCACGGGCUGCGUAGACUCCUCGAUCUCCUCGGCGUCGAAACCAGCGUCGAUGGAAGCCUGCAAUGCAGCACCUCUGCAGAUCAACUCGUUAGGGUUGGUCAACUUGGAGUCAACGCUUGGAGCGUUCACCACAGUGGUUUCUGGGAAAACAGCAGCAAUGUUGGCAGCAACCUUUGGAAUGUUGGAGGUGCCUCCAACAAGCAGAACCUCGUCAAUGUCCAAAGUCUCCAAGCCAGCCUUGGCAACCACAGAUUCCACGAAACUCGACAUUCUGGUGAAAACCGCGCGACCAGACACCUCGAAACGCAAUCUGUUGAUUGUGGAGUGGAAAUCGUAUCCCUCGGCAAGAGAGUCGAUCGAAAUAGUGGAUGUUUGAACGUUGGAAAGAGUCUUCUUGGUGAUCACACAGGCGCUCUUCAACUUGGCCAGGGAUCUGGCGUUCGAGGUUGGGUCCACCUUGUAUUUUUUCUGGAACUCCUUGGAGAAGAACUCAACAAGAGCGUCGUCCAGCUUGUCUCCGCCCAAGUCGUAAUCGUGAGCAGUAGCAAGAACGGUCAAAAUACCUCCUCUGACAGCAAUAACGGCGGCAUCAGAACGGAUUCCUCCGAAAUCAGCAACAACAAACAACUUGUCCUCGUUCAAAGUGUUCUUGGCGACAAGAUGCGACAAAAGAGCAGCAGUUGGCUCGUUGAUCAGUUGCAAAACGUUGAUACCGGCUUCAGCAGCAAUCUUCUUCAAGUCGGCCUUCUGCGCAUCGGUGAAGUUGGUAGGAACGGCGAUCACAGCACCCUCAACUUUCUGUCCAAUGUAGUCCUCAGCAGCAGCCUUGAUUUGCUUCAAGUGUCUAGCGGCGAUCUCAUCAACAGAGAUCGGCUUGUCAUUGAUGGAGUAGCCAACCUUUCCGUUGACCUCGAUCGGAUGAGCAGAGUUCUGCGAGUAAGUUGGGUCGAUCUUGUCGAAACUCAGACCAAUGAAGUCUCUAAAGUUGACCACAGUGGAGUUUGGGUUUCUAACAAGCUGAGCUUGGGCUUGGGCACCGUGGUACUCGUCGUCUCCCACGUACGAAAGAGACGAGGCGAUGAACCGGUCACCGUCCGGGUUGGCAAUGACGUCAACCUUGCCGUCGUUGGCAAUAGCAAUCGACGAGGUGGAGUUACCAAAUGCAAUUCCAAUAGAAGCCAUAGUGCAAUUACUGACCACGGUCGAGAGACUAGAGUCUGGGAACGAGCCCGCGCCGUUCAAGAACGUGGCAUUUCUCGCCAGAGUGAAUGUGCUAUUCGUGCUCGUCGCGGUAGCAGACUCGUUUCUGCCGGUUGGAGUGGCAGUUGGUCGACUCACAGACACAUAGCUUGUGGUUGGCACCGUGAAGCUCAGGUCUCCCGUGUAGUAUACCUCUGUUGGCUCCACAUAGUCACGUUUUGCCAGUGUAGGAAGAGCAGGAAGAGACGGCAGCGCAGGACAGUCCACUCCCAAACGUCCCAGAACGGAACAGAAUCUGGACGUGAACUCGUUCAGGAGCGUCACCGUCGAAGUGACCGUCACACUUCCGGAUCCCGUCAUGGUGGUCGUAGUAGUAGCCGUGGUGGUUGUGGUGUCUGUUUUCGUGGACGUGGAGAGCUGUGUGGUUGUAUCCGUUUUUGUUCUAUCUUUGGUGGUCGUGGUGGUGGUUGUUUCUGUGUCCGUCUCUGUAUCUGUCUCUGUGUCGUAAUCCGUGAUCGUCUUCUUGGCAACAGUCUUGGUGGUGGAUUUGAUGUCCAGCUCCGUCUCCGUCACCGUUUGCACAUCCAAACACGUCUUCGUAGUCACGUCGUACUCCGUGUCGGUGACGUACUGGUAGUCCGUGGUGGUGAGCUUUUCCCAUUUGUACUUGGUCAGGAACUCGUAGAUGGUCGUGGGUCUCAACGUGACUUUGUAAACGGUCGUGGUGUCUGUGUCGGUCUCUGUUGCUCGUCGUCGUCUCCUUUGAACUUGCCAACUUUGUCUUUAAUGGCGUCCAGAAUCCCUUGGUCGGUAACAUCAGCGUUGGAAGCUGCAACCGACUGGUUCACAGCAGCCGGCUGGAUCUUCUUUUCUGGCGCGGAGGUCUUUGCAACCUUGACAGACUUGGUGGUCUCGUCCUUGGCGAUCUUCUUUGGUUUGACCGCCGACGACUUGGCGUCGCUGGAUGACGUUUUCUUGUUGUCCUUGGUGACUUUCUUCUUUGCCUGUGUUUUCUUAGCGUCUUUUUCGUCAGUGUCAAACUUGAACUUGAACGGAUUGCCUCUCUUUGUCAAAUGCGAACUCACAUCCACAUGA